CUUGUAAAAAGGCGGCAUGGCGACGACGGUGUCGCUCAAGGGUGUGGACUGGGCCCGUCUCGUCGACCGCGCGCGCGCGCGCAUUCUGCCGCUCGUCAGCGUCCUCAUCUUCGUCUCAAUGGGUGUCGACUUGGUCGUCAACAACUGGGCAAUCAACGAUCUGCUUGGGAACGGGUACUUUUUCGCAACGCCCGUCGCGUCCGUGCGCUACGCCAAGGACCUCGCUCUAACGUACGCGUUUCCCAAAGGGCGCGCGCCCGCCGACCUCUCGAACGUCGGGCAGCUGCUCGCCAACACGACGGUGCGCGGCUUGGGCUGCAAAAGCGAGCAGAUGUACGUCAUCUCGGCCGGCGACUACCCGCUCACAAAUGCCACGUCGCUCUGCGCGACCUUUCAAAAAACGUACAUCAACGUCGCGGUCUCGUCCGCGCUGACAACCCGCCUCGCGACAACGACCGAGACGGUCACCUUCUACCGCGGCAACGCUGUCUCGCACGCGUUCACAGACGACGCCACCGCGAACCUCGCGACCCGCGCGAUGAAGAGCUCCGAGCUCGUGGACCUUGGGUACAUCCCUGGUCGGUCGGCGGUCGACAUGCGCUUCACACGCGAGUUUGUCCUUGCAAAUUCGUCGUUGCCGCAAACCCAAAGCAUUUCGUAUUUCCGCCUCUUUCCGCGCAACUUUUGCUCGGCGUGCGACCCGGUCGCCGAGCUCGGAUUUGGCGCGUGCAACAUGACAUUUGUGUACAACGCGACCGCCAAGACGAUCGUCGUCUCGUCCAGUACGUUUAUCGACGGCUCGACGUAUACACUCGGCUUGAUCCAGCCGCGCAACGCGUUCACAACCCUCGCGCUGUAUGCGCGGUGUCUGGCGAUUUUCAUUGCGCUCAGUGGCUACAUUGCGAGCCGCCUCACGGUCCAUUGGCGUGACGUCGACUUGACGAAAACGGAGGGCGUUGUCUCGCACGUUCUGCGCGUUAUCUCGCCGAAAUUGUUUCCGUACCAAAGCGACGCGCUCACGCCCGACAUGUUUUGCUUCAACUCGGACUUGUUUGUGUUUCUCUACUCGAUCAGCAUUGUGCUCGACACACAAAACUGCUUUAUCUUUGUCCGCAACGUCAACGUGUACAACAAUCUCGCGCCCCAAGCCGCCCCGUCGAUCCAAAUGUUCUUUUUGAGCCUCCGCUUUCUCUGGCUUAACUGCGCCGUGCUGAAAUUGCUCAAGAUUUUCUGGAAUUUGCUCGGCACGGUCGCGUUCACCGGCCACUCGAACGUCAUCGAGUGGCUCAACUGGUCGAGCGUCGUGAGCGUGUAUGUGAGCGCGAUUGUGCUUGUGUACAUUCCGCAGUUUAUCGAGUACAGCAACAAUACGUUCAUCGAACUCCAAGGCCACGCCGAGUCGCUCGACGGCAUCCGCAUCGAAAUGUUUGAUAGCUUUUACGUGCGCUGUGCAUCAUCGCUCGCGGUUGGACUCAUCGUGAACCUCGUUCUUGUCACGGCGCUGGACCACGGACUCAAUCAUAAACGCUGGAAGCUCCUCAAGAAACACACGCUCGCGCGCCAAGCCGUGUACAACAGCAGCUCGAUUCUCUGUGAUUUCUUCAGCGACGUUCAAGAAGACGACUCGAUUGUGGCCGACCCGACAAUGACGCUCUCGGCGCGCCGCCUCUGCACGCUCCAAUGGUUCUUCUCAACGCACUUGACGUGCUUUGGGUUGCCCGAGAAGAAGCUACGCGCAAAGAAGCAAACUGUCAUUCAAGUCCAAACCAAGUCGGCGCCGUCAACAGCGAGCUCGGCGAUGACCAACUCGCGCAGUGUCGUCAUGAGCGAAGCUGCCGCCGCCGCUCUCCUCGCCGGCUUCAAGGCCGGGAAGGACGACCCACGAAACGCCACGUACUACCUUGUUGUGCAAGACGGCGAGGCAAACGUUCACUUGCUGGAUGGCGCUCUCUCCGACAUUCAGAGCAUUUCAAUCCACGCCAAAGUGGCCAGCAACGCCAACUUGACCAUCAAGUAGAGGGCACGGUUGUGUUUACAUAGAUAGAUGGAAAUUUAGAUUUUAGUACAUUACAGCGAUUAAACUUUAUUGAUUGGUCAAGAAGCA